AUGCCUCGCAAAAUCUUGAUCGGGUUUGGAGUUGAUGUCGAUGCUGUCGCUGGAUGGUUGGGAUCAUAUGGUGGAGAGGACUCUCCAUUGGAUAUCUCGAGAGGGCUCUUUGCUGGUGAAGUCGGCGUCCCGAGGUUGCUCAAACUCUUUAAGAAAUACGGAAUUACGACUACGUGGUUCAUUCCUGGCCAUAGUCUAGAGACAUUCCCUGAACAGAUGGCGGCUGUCAGAGAUGCUGGGCACGAGAUCGGUCUGCAUGGAUAUUCACAUGAAAAUCCUGUGUCCAUGACCUUUGAGCAGCAGAAAGAUAUCCUCGACCACACAUACGACCUUCUGGCAAAGUUCAAUAAUGGUGUGCCACCUAAGGGCAGUGUGGCACCAUGGUGGGAGACAAGCAAGGAGGGGACUCAACUGCUACUGGAUAAAGGCAUCGAAUACGACCACUCCAACAUGGCUCAUGACUCACAGGCGUAUUACCUUCGCGACCAAGAUACUUGGACAAAGAUCGAUUACAGCGCUAAGGCGCAUACUUGGAUGAAGCCACUGCAGAAGGGUAAAGAAACGGGUUUGGUCGAGAUUCCUGCCAACUGGUAUUUGGAUGAUUUGCCACCAAUGAUGUUCAUCAAGUCGAGUGCCAAUUCUCAUGGUUGGGUGAACCCACGAGACGUCGAGCAGCUGUGGCAGGACAUGUUCACUUACCUCUACGAGAACGAGGAGAACUUCAUUUUCCCUAUGACGAUCCACCCAGACGUAUCAGGCCGACCACACGUAUGUCUCAUGGUCGAGCGGUUCAUCAAAUGGGUCAACGAGCAUGAGGACGUCUCUUGGGUGCCAAUGAUUGAAAUGUCGAAGGAGUUCAGAGCAAGACAGAGGCCGGUCGAGGGUGCCGCCAUGCCACGAGGAGUUUCAGCAUGA